GAAAAUUACAUUCAUUCCAUAAUGUUGUUGACUAGAGUAGUGCUCUUUUGACGGUGAGGUAUUCGAGAUACACACUCAACUUCCUUUCCACGAGGAACCCUCCAAAAUGCAGAAGACAAAGAAAGAGCCCAUUCAUUCCGUGCAGGUCUUCGGCCGCAAGAAAAGCGCAACCGCUGUUGCUUAUUGCAAACGCGGUCGUGGCAACCUCAGAGUCAAUGGACGUCCCUUGGAAAUGGUCGAGCCGCGAGUGCUCCAGUACAAACUUCAGGAGCCAAUUCUCCUUCUCGGCAAGGAGAAAUUCUCAGCCGUCGACAUUAGAGUAAGGGUUAAUGGAGGUGGACACGUUGCCCAGAUCUAUGCCAUUCGUCAGGCGAUUUCUAAAGCUUUAGUUUCGUACUACCAAAAGUAUGUCGACGAAGCGAGCAAAAAGGAGAUCAAAGACAUGCUCAUUCAAUACGACAGAACCCUGCUUGUUGCGGACCCGAGACGCUGUGAGCCGAAGAAGUUUGGUGGACCGGGAGCUCGUGCCCGCUACCAAAAGUCUUACCGUUAAGCACACUUAUAACUGUAUAUGUCAUUUUAUAUUCUAUCUGUGAAAGACCGAAAUAAAUGGUGUGUACAAAAAUAAUAAA